CGCAGCCACCGCUCACUCCCUGCAGUGACAUGUACCCUGAGGAGACCCGUGGGGGUGGAGGAGCAGCCGCCAUCAACUACCUGGAGGGAGUGUAUGACUACACUGCCCAUGCCCCUGGCCUGGCCCCCCUCUACAGUUCCUCCACUGCAUCCCUGGAUGCCCAUGGACCCUCGGACGGCAGCCUGCAGUCCCUUCUGUUUGUGCCCUCCACUCCCCAGCUCAGCCCCUUCCUCCGCCACACCAGCCUCCCCAGCCAGUCUUUCUACCUGGAGAUCUCCUCCACACCCGUAAACAGGUCGAGUGUGGGAGCCAAUCAGCAGUCAGUGUCCCAUGAGGAGCUCAGCAGCGCCUCCGACACUGUGGCGGAGUCAGGGUCAGGCUCAGGUUCAGGGCCAGGGGUCGGAGUGUUUGAGAUGGCCAAGGAGACUAGGUACUGUGUGGUCUGCAGUGACUAUGUCUCUGGGUAUCACUACGGAGUUUGGUCCUGCGAGGGCUGCAAAGCCUUCUUCAAAAGGAGCAUCCAAGGUCACAAUGACUACAUGUGCCCUGCGACCAACCAGUGUACCAUCGACAGGAACCGUAGGAAGAGCUGCCAGGCAUGCAGCCUCAGAAAGUGUUACGAAGUGGGCAUGAUGAAAGGAGGCUUGCGAAAGGACCGCGGUGGGCGGGUUCUCCAGAGGAAUAAGAGGCGUGGUGGCCCUGCUGGUGACAACAGUGUCCUGGAGCACAGCAAAGCACCCCUUCAGGAUAGUAGCAGGAACAGCAGCUUCGGUGGUGGAGGAGGAGGAAAAGGGCGGCUCAAGAUCACCAUGCCUCCUGAACAGGUGCUGUUCCUGCUGCAGGGUGCGGAGCCUCCAGCCCUGUGUUCUAGUCAGCAGUUGGGCCGUCCCUACACAGAGAUCACCAUGAUGACCCUGCUCACCAGCAUGGCUGACAAGGAGCUGGUGCACAUGAUCGCAUGGGCUAAGAAAAUACCAGGUUUCCAGGAGCUGUCUCUCCAUGACCAGGUGAAGUUGCUUGAGAGUUCCUGGCUGGAGGUGCUGCUGAUCGGACUCAUUUGGAGGUCCAUCAGCCCUGGGAAACUAAUCUUCGCCAAGGACCUCAUACUGGACAGGAGUGAAGGGGACUGUGUGGAGGGCAUGGCUGAGAUCUUUGACAUGCUCCUGGCCACUGUGUCUCGCUUCCGCAUGCUCAAACUAAAGCCUGAGGAGUUUGUGUGUCUCAAAGCCAUCAUCUUGCUUAACUCUGGUGUCUUCUCCUUCUGUUAUUACUCUGUGGAGUCCCUCCACAACAGCCCGGCGGUGCAAAGCAUGCUGGACAACAUCACUGAUGCCCUCAUCCACCACAUCAGCCAAUCAGGAGCCUCGGUGCAGCAGCAGUCCAGACGGCAGGCCCAGCUCCUGCUCUCACACAUCAGACAUCAACAAAGGCAUGCAGCACCUGUGCAGCAUGAAGUGUAAGAACAAAGUGCCUCUGUACGACCUGCUCCUGGAGAUGCUGGACGCUCACUGGAUCCACUCCCCAGGCAAGGUGGCCCAAGCCUGGGGACAGGCCAAGGGGGAGCCCCUCUCUACCAAAGGCUCCAGCAUAGGACCCAAGCAAGGCAACCAAGAUACCCAGCUCAGAAGCCCCGGUCCUGGGGUACUCGAGUAUGGCACUACACGCUCGGACUGGAGCCCCAUUCCAUGAUGAGAUAUAGAAAUAGGUAUUUGUAGAUAUGGAAGAUGUAAAAGUCCUUCCAUUCGAUAUAGUAUAUGUAGAGAAAUAUUUAGACAUUUGUGGAGGGGACAGUAGAUAAAAAAAAAGAGACAAGAAUUUGUUAUUUGUAAUAUUUGUUUAUAAUUUAUGUGACUCAUUUAAUAGAUAGUUAAAAUGAUUUAGCAGAGAUCCGUUGAAUGUUUAGAAACGUUUGCAUUUUGUACUGGCUCACUACGGACUGAAAUGUGCUCCGUCUCACCAGAUGUUGCCUUUCACAACAUUUAGAAUCUUUUGAGUAAAGUGUUUUCUG